AUGUCUGAUUCCACUUCUAAAGAUGAAUUUGACUUUAAUGAUGACGAUUUCGUUUUUGAAAAGGAUGAAGUUGAUUCACCUAAUAAUGUAGAAAAUGAAGAAAGUAUAGUUACUGCCAUUGAGCAAAAAGAAAGUGAUAAAGUCAUUGCAAGAUUAUGUAGAAAAUGUAGACAAAAAUUUAGCCCAACAACAACCACCAGAAUUUUAAAUAACUAUCUCAGCAAAAAGCAUGGUAUAAAACUUACCUUGAAGAAAAAUAGUUUAAUCCAAAGACCCUAUAGUAGAGGAGAUACUCAAUGCAAAAAAGAGUGUUUUGAUACUAUUUUGAAUUUUGUAGUUUGCUGUCAGCUCCCAUUCACGAUCAUUAAGAAUCCUUGCUAUCAUCGUUGUUCAACACAUGUCCUUAAUCUAACUGUAAACUAUAGAAUGCAACUUAAAGUAUCAGUAAUUAGUAAGGUUCGGGAUUGUGUAAAUAAAAUUAAAUACUCAACUGUUUUAUGUAAUGCACUUCGUCAAUUUUGUGAGAUGAACCAAAAAAGUUAUACCAAACCGAUUGUUGAUGAGGUCAUAGAUAACAUGAUCGAAUUGUUAGAACCUAUACUUGUCACGACAGAAUUAUUAUCAUCCAGCGCAUAUCCAAUUAUCUCUGAUAUCUUUUUAACCUUUUUAGAACUUCUUCUUCACCUUAAUAAAUUUUUAGAUAAUGAAUUAUACUCAGAUCAGUAUAUGAUGGCAGAUUCUAUUAAAUCUAAGCUAAAUAAAUAUUGGUCUAUGCUUGAAGAAUCAACUACAAUUGCUACAAUUCUUGACUCCUCAUCUAAGCUUGUGACUUUUCCCACUAGUGAUAAAAAAGAUGCUGCCCUUACUAGCUUACAAAAUAUAAUGACUCAGUAUAAAUCACAAGUUUCAGUAACAACUACAUUUACAUCCAUCUCUGAAUUAGUAUCUAAAAAUAAAAGAAAAUUUUUUGAGUUGUUAUUGAUACAACAACAAACAAUUGAGCAACCUUUAAUAGAGAAACUAGAGCACUAUUUAUCCAUGCCAAUGACCAUUAAAAAUAAUUCUCUUCUAUGGUGGGAUACAAGAUCAAGUGUUUCUUGUAAAGAAGCUUUCUCUACUGCAGCAGAAACAAUCACAAAAGUUCAUAACCGCCUUGAUCCUCAGACUGCCUGCGUAUCACUUUUUCUAAAAAGUUGGAUAGAGCAAGGUGCUG